CUGGUAACACUUCUAAUUUUCACGUCAAAGGAAACGGACGCGUUUUCUGUGUCGUCCGCGAGAGCAAAAAACUCUGGCUUUAGUUAGUUAUUUUACUGGAAAAAUAUUUAAGCAAGAGCCAACAAACGCAUAGAUACAGAAAAGUAUUGAUUUUCGUCCAAGAUGGCGGACGACGAGCAAUUCAGCUUGUGCUGGAACAACUUCAACACGAAUUUGUCGGCCGGCUUCCACGAGUCGCUAUGUCGCGGCGACCUGGUGGACGUCUCGCUGGCUGCCGAGGGCCAAAUAGUGAAGGCCCACCGAUUGGUGUUAUCCGUCUGCUCGCCCUUCUUCCGCAAGAUGUUCACUCAGAUGCCGUCGAACACCCAUGCUAUCGUAUUCCUGAACAACGUCAGCCACUCGGCGCUGAAGGACCUCAUCCAGUUCAUGUACUGCGGCGAGGUCAACGUGAAGCAGGACGCCCUGCCCGCGUUUAUUAGUACCGCGGAAUCGCUGCAAAUCAAGGGGCUAACGGAUAACGAUCCUGCGCCUCAGCCGCCGCAGGAAUCCAGCCCGCCGCCAGCAGCACCUCAUGUACAACAACAGCAAAUACCGGCUCAGCGGGUGCAGCGCCAGCAGCCGCGCGCCUCCGCCCGCUAUAAGAUCGAGACCGUGGACGACGGCCUGGGCGACGAGAAACAGGGCACCACCCAGAUCGUCAUCCAGACCACGACCGCACCCCAAGCCACCAUUGUACAACAGCCGCAGCAGGCGGCGCAGCAGAUCCAAUCGCAGCAGCUGCAGACGGGAACCACGACGACGGCGACGCUGGUGUCGACAAACAAACGCUCUGCCCAGCGCUCCUCCCUGACCCCCGCCUCCUCGAGCGCCGGCGUGAAGCGCUCCAAGACAAGCACCUCCGCUAAUGUUAUGGACCCUCUCGACUCGACCACUGAAACUGGAACCACGACAACCGCCCAACUUGUGCCGCAACAGAUCACCGUGCAAACCUCUGUGGUCUCUGCGGCAGAAGCAAAGCUCCACCAGCAAUCGCCGCAGCAGGUUCGUCAGGAGGAAGCCGAGUACAUUGAUCUCCCCAUGGAAUUGCCCACGAAAUCUGAACCUGACUACUCUGAGGACCAUGGCGACGCUGCCGGCGAUGCCGAGGGCACCUAUGUGGAGGACGAUACUUACGGAGACAUGCGCUACGACGAUAGCUACUUCACGGAAAACGAGGAUGCUGGCAACCAAACUGCGGCAAAUACUAGCGGUGGCGGAGUGACUGCGACCACUUCCAAGGCGGUGGUCAAGCAACAGUCCCAGAACUACAGUGAAUCAUCGUUUGUCGACACCAGCGGGGAUCAGGGCAACACAGAGGCUCAAGAUACGGAGAUCAGUUUCAUUCGCAGCCAGAAGAAGAACGCCCAGCUGGUGUUCCGCAACUACAUCUACAACAAGAAGCUCACCCAGGCCAAUGGACAGACGACCUGGCGCUGUGCGGAUGUGCUCAAGUUGCGAUGCAAGGCAGUGGUCAUCACCCGCGACGGACACUUCAUCGACGCGCGGCGUCAGCACAAUCACGAGUCCCACGCCUCGAGGAUUGGCCAGCGACAACUGUAUAAGGUGGAGCAGGAGCUGGAGGAGUACAUAGAGAUCUGCACGUCGAACCCGAAGAUAUCACAGUAUUUGGGCAGCAGCAACAUCAUUGUGACCGCUAAGGACGGCAAGGACUGCAAGUUGUUCCUGCCCGCUGCCGAGGCUACCGAGAUUGAGAUGCAGGCCCUUGUGGACGCCGCUGAGGAGGAGUUGGAUGAGGAGGAGCGGCAUGCAGAGGAGCGGGUCCGGGAUCGGCAACGGGUGGGCAGGUGGCGGACAGAGGAGGCCAAGCAUCGAUCCCUGCUGAAGAGCGAACACCCUUAGGAGUUAUCAGCUAGCACCUAAGCUAAUUAUUUAUCUCGAACCACGGAAGAAGUCGAUUUCACUUGGGAGUUUUUAACCAAUCUACAGUCAAUCAGUUGGAAAGUCUUUGUAAAGAUAAGAAAGCCAUAGCUGGUAUUAUUUUGGCUUAUUUUGAAAACCAAAUGCUUUCCAGCUCUGUAAUAGAUAAUUCAUAUGUACAGAGGUGGUCAAAAGUAUUUUCACUUUUCACAUUUCACUCAAAUGCACUUUGUGAAAAUAAUUUUGACCACCUCUGUAUAUGUUAUACCACAAUUCCACAAGGUUCAAGGCCAUUUUGCCUAUGCCAUCGACCCAACCACUCGAUAGUAGAUUUUAAGCAACUGUAAACGUAUUUCAUACUUAGCUCCUAAUAAACUAAGACCAAAACAAAA